AGUCUCUGAUUGGUCGACAGGUAUUCAACGUCAAGACUGCGUUCAACCCUUCGGGACGGUUCGCUCAACGGGUGAAGAUGUGCUCUGAGCUGCGCGUCAGUGAAGCGCUCCAGAAGUUCUGCCACGGAAACAAGGUGCCAUAAAUGCGCAUGAUGAUUAUUCAGGAGUGGCAUUAGAAAGCAGUGCGGAGUUUAAGUAUUAGAGUCUCGAACUGUGAGAGAAACAAACAGCCAUCAUGAUUGACCUGAGUCAUCUGUCCGAGGAGGAGCAGGAGAUGAUCAUGAAGGUUUUAAAGAGGGAUGCAGAGCUGAAGAAAGCUGAGGAGGAUCGAAUCAAACAUCUGCAGAAAGCCAUCCCAGAGGAAGACAGACGAAAGUACAUGUCAGGAGAAUGGUUUUACGAGGUGAAGUCACAAAGACACCAGGACAGGAUCCAUGGCUCUGAUAUCAUCAUGGCAUCGAUGAAGCAAAGAAAACCCUCAGUUGUUGAGUAUUUAACCAAGUCGUGGGGCGGCAGAUCAAGGAGCAUCAGCAGGAAGGACAGUGAAGGCAUCAUGACGUCACCUAAAAUAACACGGACUGCUGAGUCCUCAGAGCACCUUAAGGAGAGGGAAAAUGGUGACACAUUAGAGGUCCAGCAGGAAAAACUAAACAUAGGAAUGCGAUCGCCAUCCAAGCCAAGACACAACCCGUUCAACAGUGUUCCAAUAGAGCUUGAUUUUGAGGAGACUGAUCUCCACUAUACCUCACGUCCUGGACUCAGGAAAUCUUUAGACAGGGGCUCUGAUUCACAAGAUAAUCAUCAGAAAGCAAGUCACAGUCAAGUGAACAGUGAGGUUUCUAAUGCAGUACACAACAAACCUCCGGGUCAAAAGCCCGUACCCAAGAAGAGGACCAAAAUCAACAAACCCCAGAGCUCUGUCUCAGACACUGCCAGCUCGGUGUCCACCCAGAGCAUAUCCAGCCAGAAUAUAUUUGCCACAGCAGACUCCAGUAUCAGGUCUCCACCACCAAGAGGUAUCCCAAAACACAGCUUCAAUGAGCCCACUCUUAAGAGCCAACUGCGACAACCAGUUGUUUCCCUCAGCAAUGUUCACAAAAACAGCAUUCAAGAAAAGGAUUCAGAAGAAUCUAAACUUGCUCUGGGACGUACAGAAGAAUCAAGCCACAAAACUGAAAACAAAGAGAAAUGUAGUACCUCUUCACCAAUAAAGUUGCCCAAGUCACGUUUACCAGUGAGAGCCUCAUCACAACUGAUAAACAUGCCACAAGGGUUACAAGAGAAGCCAAAGAUACAACCACGUCUCAGUUUGAACUCAAUCACAAGACCAGAUGAUAGCAGGAAAGUGGAAGAAGUUAUAAAACAAAGAGGAGAAUCAAACAGUUGCCUUCCACAGUCACCAAGUAUGGAAGUAGAGAGACAAAACAUUUCUGUUGAAAUGCAUCAUCCUGUUGAGAAUGCAGUGUUUGCAUUCAGUGACAACUCUAAAAAGCCACUCAAUGAGAUUACUACCCCUCAACUCACACAUCACAUGUCUGAGAAUGUGGAAAAUCAGAUGGCUCCAUUUCCAAAAUUGGAGACAAUGAAAACGGAAGAGAAAAUUAAGAAAACUACCACUGAUGAACACUUCCCCAGAGCCCUCAACAUAACAGAAACAUUCAACAUGACAAAUGCCUCAACUGACUAUGAGACUGAAAGCAGCCCUCUUGCUUUCAAUAUCAAGCAAAAGACUAGUAGCCAAGAAGAUCCCAAAUCAGAAGUCAUGACAGAUGAACAUAUCACUACACCUACUGAUGAACAAGGUGAUUCCAUUGCCAAAGUUCUUGAAUGGUUCAGCAGGAGCUCAGACAGCAGUGAUAGGCUGGAUAUAGACAGCAAUGUUCAGGACAUGGAGGAGGACUCAAAGUUUGAAGACUUGGACUUUGAUGAUGGCGUUGACCACACAGUCAAACCAAGAAGUAACGUGUACUUAAUCAUGCCACGACAAAGUGAAGGUCCUUCAGAAGUCAAUACAAUAUUUUUAGAACAGGCAGAUUGGAGAAAGGAACAGAGUGUUGAUGAACCUUCCCAAAAUCCUCGAAAAGAAAGGAAAACAUCUGAAUCUACAUUUUAUAAAGAAUCUCUAAUCAAAAAGCCUUCUGUUGACUCUGCUCUUACUGCUAACAUUGUCAAUCCAGAGGUCCCAGUGGUGAAUAUUUCUGUAAGCAGAAAAGUUCAAAAUGAGAACAAAGUAGAGGCUUUGAUCAAGAAAGAGGACAAGAGUGAAGUCAAACUGGCUGACAUCAGUCAGCAAAAAGAAAGAUCAGAUGCCGAAGAGAACCAGCGACCAAAAAUUGCUAAUUUGAAAUCAUUCUGGGAGAAAGAAAAUAUUGGUCCAAAGAUUCUGAUUGGCAAAUCUGGUGCACCUGCUAAAAAUGAAGAAAUCAUCCCUAGUGACUUAGCCAAAAGGUCCACUGAAGAAAUAGAGGACCAUUGGAGAAGUGAACCAAACUUGAAAGUAAUGUCUCCAGGUCUUCAGAAAAUAGAGACGGUUUGGAAAAAUGUAGACAUUGAGGAUGUAGGGACUGCAACCCAAGUACCCAUUAUAAUCAAUGAAUCAAAACCAUUGAUAUAUGCUAAUCAGAAGACUGACAAGAUAGUUGCAAACUCCACUUUAGAUAAAAAAUGUACUACUUCAUGUUUGAAAUCAUCUUCACCAGCGCUUGACAGUGGGUCCCUGGAAGGAAGUCAUGAUGAUGAUAGUGCUGGAGGCACCGUUAGCAUCAACAGUAGUGAUGCAGACCACUCAGCUCAAAAAGAAUUAGAAACAAAAUCAAAAACUGCUCAAAAGACAAGUCAAGGUCCUUCUGUUAAGCAGAAUUCCCAGCAAGAGAACAUGGCAGAAAGGAUCAAGCAACUAAGGUCCUUCUGGGAGAAAGAAUCUAGAACAUCAGUAGCAGCUAAAAAUAGAUCAACCACUACUACUACUCGACUGAACCAAAGAUUUACAAAAUCAGAGUUUGAUCUCAGAACAAUUGGCACUGAGUUUGAUGAUGGUGAUGAAGAUGAUGUUGAGGACAUUACUUCUGCCAGAGGUAGACUGUCUCCCAAUUUCUCUGGGCAUCUACUACGGAAGGAUAAGACAGUUGUGAUGGAUGGUAUGACCACUUCACAGUUUAAGAACCUCCGUGAUUUCUGGGGAGGAUCCCCUGUAAAAACUGGAGAAAGGUCACCAGUCCUUGAUAGUGGAAACCAUAGAUCUUCGAGUCCACAAAGUCCAAAUGAGAGAGCCAAUGUCAAAGAUUUUGUAAAUGAAAGCCAGAAUAGCAAAACAUCAUCGUCAGCAAAAAUGAAAGCAUUCCAGUCUCCCUCAAAAAAGAAGAUUAUGUCAAGACAAGAAUCAGGACCAAAACCUGAUCAGUCACAAGGGGUCUCAGGUGAAACAAUCACUCAUGGACUAUCUCAUUCUCUUCAGCCACAGAAAGGCUCAAAAACCACAAUGGUACCUAAAUCUCAGACUGGUCAAGAGUCACGAUCUCAGCAGGGUAGAAGAAGUAUCAAAGGUAAUUUAAAUGGAAAAGCAAAUGCCAUGCGGCGUGCAACCAGCAUGUUUUCAGUGAAUGCUACGGGAGAGGAACAAAACCAGGACUUGCAUUUUCAAUCUAAGAAGGUUCAGAGUCCCAACCUGCAGCAAGUAAAAAAGGCACCAGAUACUAGUCUUACACAAUCCAGGAAAGUUCAGGAAGCUAGCUAUACCCUGCCAAAAACAUCCCCAGAAAUAUCUUGGAGAGACAGAGACAAAAACAGUCAAAGAAGAACAUCUCGUACCUCAGAAGAUUCUGACUCUCAACCACUUGCAAGAUCCUACAUUCCACGGGACUACCAGCAUUACCUUGGAAUCUCAGAGGACAAGAGUAUGUACACUCCACCUCCAGUUGCAGAGCAGGUUGAUGAUUUUAUCUGCACGUCAUUCACAUCCUCUCCAGAGACAAACCACAGCUGUAAGUGUCCCCCAGUGAAAACCAGUACUCCAGUACAUGGCUCCCCUGACCUCCAGACCAGGAGUGGGAGUCUGGGACACCACUUAACCACACAAACAGAUGGAAAUAUUAUUAAGGGGAUUCAAAACCGUGAAAAUGAAAGUCUCAUUCAGAAAGCUUUGAAAAGAGCCUCAUCUAGACCUGUAUACCAUAAGAGCAUGGAAGACAUCAGCAGUAUUGCAAGACAAGACCAAAAACUAAAGCAAACAGACGACUACAUGCAUGACAACUAUGAUGCCUCUAGCACACAUCUCCAGACUUCCUUCUCCACCGCAGAUCCAGAGCACAUGAAGAAACUCAGCAAAUCAGUGCCCUCAUUCCUGGAAAAAGAAAGUGAUGGAGGAGAGAGUGACUCGGAGAGCAGUUCUCGUGGCAGUGUUCCAAAGUGGAAUAACAGACAGUUCACUAACCUCAGCAACUACUCUGGCUCCACAUCUCUGUCAUCCGUUAGCGGGAGUGUUGCGAGUGUGUACACCAGUGACUACAACAGUGUCGACGUUCAAGGGAGCAUCCAGUUUUCACUAAACUACGUGCACAAGUUGCGGGAGUUCCACAUCUUUGUUGUACAGUGCCAGAAUCUGGCUGCGGUAGACGCAAAGAGGAACAGAUCUGAUCCGUAUGUGAAGAGUUACCUCAUACCUGAUCCUGCUAAUUUGGGAAAAAGAAAAACUGCAGUGAAGAAGAAAACACUGAAUCCUACAUACAAUGAGAUUCUUAGGUACAGAGUCCGCAUGGAGUAUCUGACAUCCCAGGUUCUCAACCUUUCAGCGUGGCACAAUGACAUGUUUGGUCGUAACAGCUUCCUGGGUGAGAUAGAACUUGACCUCUCUACGUGGGAUUUUAAUGACACAGAGAGGAAGCUUUUGCCCCUUAAACCAAGGAACCUCUUUAUUCAGACCACAAACAGCCUCCAACCAUCAGACUUAAAAGGCCAGAUGAGAUUGGCCAUACGUUUCCUGCCUCAGAUCUCCCACUCAAAGAACGUCCCUGGCUCUGGCGAAGUGCAUAUCUGGGUCAAAGAUUGCAAGAAUCUCCCUCUUAUCAGAAGCCCAACUAUUGACCCCUAUGUAAAAUGUUUUGUACUCCCCGACACCAGCAAAAAGAGCCGCCAGAAGACUCGGGUGCUGAAGAGGACAACCAAUCCGAUAUUUAAUCACACUAUGGUUUAUGAUGGCUUCAGGGCAGAGGACCUGAAAGAGGCCUGUGUGGAACUUACCGUUUGGGACCGGGAUCGUCUAGCCAGUCACUCACUCGGAGGCCUGAGACUCGGCAUGGGCACAGGCCGGAGUUACGGAGUACAGGUGGACUGGAUGGACUCAACAACAGAGGAAGUCGCAUUAUGGAGGAGAAUGAUGAAUUCUCCUAAUGAAUGGGUGGAAGACAUUUUACCGCUGAGGAUGAUAACAGCGGCCAAAAACACCUGGAAAUGAGAUUUAAAAGGAGCUUUGUCCACAUAUAUCUUGCAUUUGUUAUAAUUUAUAGUAUAACAGAGUUUUGUUACAUUAAAAAGACAUUUUCUAACCCAAAUUACACCUGAGAUGGGUUUUCGAUAUGUGGACAUUCUUCUAUAGCUGGAUUUUAUUCAAACUUUCUCUUGACAGACUGAUCAACACUACUUACAUCGGAGCUCAUUUGACAAAAUAGUGACAGACAUAUUAAAAAAAUGUGCAUUAAUUAAGCUAAAUGCAGUGUCUAAACAUGUGUGUUGAGACAUUAUUUUUCUUAAUAUAAUCUACUUUUAAUGAGGUUGCUAAAAGAUGUAGCCAAUGAGAAUGCCUGAAAAGAUAACAUAUACUGAAACUAAAGAUUUUCAACUGUAUAUCUGCUUUAGUUAAAACCUCCCCUUUUUUUGUUAAAUUAAUGUCGAACAUGUUUAAGAAUGGUAUUAGUGGAUAAAAAGCCAAAAAUUCUAAGCCAUGCAAAAAAAAGAAUAAUAAUACAGGACAGAUUACAGAAUGUGUGUAUUGCAUAGACUUGUUGUCAAUGAUGUACAAAGUUGACAGUGAAUGCUUGAUUUGUGAAAUACGUCUGUACUAAUAAUAAAACUCCGACAUCUGAUAAACCAGAGAUACAAAAAAUACUGUAGUAAAUAAAAAGAAAACGUUUUCCUGAA